AUGGGACCAGCCAAUAAAUCUCAAACAUCUCCAGACACCUUCUUGCUGAUGGGCAUCCCAGGACUAGAGCACCUGCAUAUCUGGAUUGGGAUUCCCUUCUGCUCUAUGUACAUGGUGGCUGUGGUGGGGAAUGUGACCAUCCUGGCCGUGGUGAGGGCAGAGCGGAGUCUCCAUGAGCCUAUGUUCCUCUUUCUGUGCAUGCUCUCUGUCACUGACCUGGUCCUCUCCACAUCUACACUGCCUCGCAUGCUCUGUCUCUUCUGGCUUGGAGCGCGUGACAUUGCCUUUGAUGCUUGCCUGGCUCAAAUGUUCUUCAUCCAUAGCUUUACUGCUAUGGAAUCAGGUUUUUUCCUGGCCAUGGCCUUUGACCGUUACGUGGCCAUUUGUCAUCCGCUGCACCAUACCACGAUUCUCACCCAUGCUCGCAUUGCCAAAAUGGGAGCUUCUGUGGUACUCCAGGGAGUGGCCUUCUUUUCCCCACAUCCUAUCCUGCUCAGGCAGCUGCCCUACUGCAGAACACGAGUCAUUACCCACACCUACUGUGAGUUCAUGGCCGUGGUGAAGCUGGCGUGUGUGGACACAGGAGCUACCAAACGUUACAGCCUCAGUGUAGCCUCUGUCAUUGGUUCCUGCGAUGGCUUUUUCAUUGCUGUCUCUUAUGCCCUAAUCCUCCAUGCAGUCUUUCGCCUUCCAUCACAGGAAGCAAGUUUUAAAGCUCUAGGAACCUGUGGCUCUCAUGUCUGUGUCAUCCUUCUUUUCUACUCCACAGCUGUCUUUACCUUCCUCACUCACCGCUUUGGCCACAAUGUGGCCCCCCAAAUUCAUAUCUUUAUUGCCAAUAUGUACCUUCUGGUACCACCUUUCCUUAACCCCAUUGUUUAUGGUAUUAGAACCAAAAAAAUUCGAGACCAUGUCCUUAGUUCUCUAAAGGUAAAAGUCACUUGAUUAUCCUGGAAUUGUUUGCAGAGAUGGUAUCAUAAUCAGAAGGGAAGUAGGGAAAUAAUUGAUCCCAUUUUCAUAAAUGACAUGGAAUUUUCUCCCACUGAAAUCAGACACAGAGAAGAGUGACCACACAUAAUAGAAAUUCCACAAUUGUAGUGAAACUAGAGGGCAUGAG